AUGUCACGCGACGGGGAAAUGCGAGAGAAAGUGAACAAAUUCGAAUCCGAACCGGUUUCAUACCGCGCGUUGCCCGCGAUCGCCUUUACCAACUCUUCUUCUUCUCCAGAGAACAGGAACAACAACCCUCUGUCGAAAGCCUCGCAAAUUUUGUUCUACCAAUACGUGGAACCGGAAUGGUCGAAAGCGAAAAUGAAAUCGGUUUUAGGAUUCAUGAGACAAGUAGGGGACGAGUUAGGGGUCACCGGACGAGGGCGGAUAUCGCAAGAAGGCGCGAAUUGCACGUUAACGGCAAAAGAUCCUCACUCCGCGCGAGAGUUUUGCAACAGAUUGCGAAAAUUUGACAAAAUAUUUGAAGAGACGGAUUUUAAGAUUACCGAUAUGGUGGAACAUUCGCAACGGUUUAAGCGGUUGACGCUCGUACCGAAGGACGAGCUCGUCGCUUACGGGUUGGAGAAGGAGAAAGCGCCGUCGUUGAAACAGAAUAAGAGCAAACACGUGAACGCGAUUGAAUAUCACGAGAUGUUGAAGGAUAAAGAUUCGGUGGUGAUUGACGUGAGGAAUCAUUACGAGGUGGACAUUGGGAGGAUUGAACCGCCGGAAGGUGGGGCGACAUUUUUGAACCCGGAGAUGCGAAACAGUCGCGAAUUUCCCAAGUGGUUAAAUUUGCCCGAGACGAAGAAACAGUUGGAAGGGAAGCGGGUGAUGAUGUACUGCACCGGGGGCAUACGAUGCGAACGAGCGUCGGCGUUGAUUUCGCAAAUGGAACGGGUUGGCGAUUUGAAGGAAACGAAAGGGAUUGCCAUGGUCAGAGGUGGAGUCGACAGGUAUUUGAAGACGUUCCCGGAGAGCGGAGGGUUCUGGAAAGGGAAAAACUACUUAUUCGAUUUGAGAGAGGCGCAGAUGGCAGAGAAAGAAGGCGAGUUAGAGAUGACGAGUAAGUGUUGCGCGUGCGAACGCGCGUGGUCAAAAUACGAGGGGAAGUUUGUCUGCGGAGAUCAAAAGUGUAAAGUGCCCGUUUUGGUGUGCGACGGGUGCAGGAACGUAAUCGAAGCGAAUACGAAGAAGAACAGUUUUGUUAAGAGACAAAAAAAAGGGAGCAACGGCAACACUUGGAACGCGAAUAAGACGAAAAGCGACGAUAAAAACGACCCGCACGACGUAAAAAACCUGAGAUGUCCUCUGUGUAAAGUCGGUAAGGAGUUACGCUCGAUCGAACCGGUCGAUUCGGCGGCACAAAAGCGCUUGCUCACCUUAGAAGGCGGCAACGCGAAAAUCAACGCCAGCAACAAACGCCCGAGGAAAGAAUCGAAAACGUUGUUCAUCGGCAAACUCCCACUUUCUGUCACCGCCACGGAAAUCAAAAGCGCGUUAAAAUUAAACGACGACAAUAACGCCGAAAUCGAAUGGAUGAUGGAUUCAAAAUCCGGUUUCUUUUACGGCAGCGCCGUCGUAAAACUCGCGAGUAAAGACCGCUGUCGAAGCUUGUUGGAGCAGUACAAAAAAGACCCGCCUCGAAUCCAAAACAAGUUCAUCGCCGUCGGGUAUUUCGACGAAGAUUGGAAGAACAAGAACAGGAAGAAGAUGAAGGAAAAGGAGAAAAAGAAGGAUAACGACGCGAAAGAAGACGGCGGCAAAAAACGACGACUCGCAGAAGAAGAGUACAAGAGACUGUUCCGGAAAGGCGAAAGGCCUCCGGUGACGUGA